AUGGCUGGGCCGAUCGAGCAUGAGGAUUGCCAACGCAAACCACAGUUCAAACAUAUCUGCCGAAAUCUGAAGGCAAUAUGCUUCGCCCUGGCCGUUUUCAAUUCGAAGGAAAUCUGGUCAGGGAUAUGUACAUUGACCGUCUCAAGGCACCUAGUCUCCCCAGCAGGUCUGGGCGUGAUUUUUCUAUCGGGCCUGUGGUGCGCUUCUACCAGCAUAUCCUCGGCGCUGGCAAUCAAAGACGGGGAUGACGGUGUUGGUGCGGGAUGCUCUUGGGACAAAAAGCCUGGUCUUGCGCCGAGGAUAUUCGAGAGUCGCACAACCCACACUCGCCUGUUCCCUGCAAGGCACUCGUUUUCUUAUUCGUAUCUACUCGUCGGCGUACCCGUUGGAUGGAAUGGCUCGGCCGGACACGUUCUUUCUUCAGAUUGCUCCCAUCAGGCCAAGGAUGCCGUUGGUGCUGGACACGGAGGCCGGUGCGGGUGGUUUUCCAUCCACGCAGACGACUACCUGGGACGAGGAGGGCGGCCUCAUGUUGACGGUCUUCGUGGAAAGCUUGACAACUUCCUGGAAAGUCAAGGCGUUGAACGUACACGAUAUCCUUCCGCGUAUCUCGUCACGGCGCCCAGAUUCUGCGGCUUCUCGUUCAACCCGGUGUCCUUUUGGUAUCUGUACGACCACCACGGUCGUCUCGGCGCCAUGAUCCUUGAAGUCAACAACACAUUCGACGAGCGGAGGAUCUACUACUUGCCACGCAACGCCGACGACGAAAGCGCGACGACGUCGAAAUCCAAGUUCACGGAUCACUGGGAGAAGGACUUCCACGUUUCGCCCUUCAAUGACCGACAUGGCUCAUAUAGCCUGACGUGCACCGAUCCCUUUGAUGACGAGAACGAGACCGAGACCGGGUCUUCUGGAGCGCAUGGAACCGGUGUCGAAAUCGACAAUACCAUCGUGCUCAACUCUGAGGAGGGCAAGCCCAAGAUUGUAGCCAGAGUCUUUUCCACCUCCGCCGGCCUCGAUCCAUUCCGGAUGUCGCGUUUGCAGAGUCUCGUUUUCGUCACGCGGUGGUGGUGGGUCGGAUUCAUGACGAACCCGCGGAUCCUGCGAGAAGCGCGCAAACUAUGGACGAAGAAGCUACAAGUCUUUUACCGGCCCGAGGUUCAGAAGAGCAGCAUCGGACGCAACGAGACGGCCGAGGAGAGAAUCCUUGAACCCUUCUUCCGUCGCGUUCUGGAACAAAUGGCGUCGAGAUCGGGAACGAGGAGGAUUACGUAUAUCCCUGCUGCCGGGGAAGGGCGAGGCAAGCCUGUACACCUCGUCAAAGAGAGCGACACCGGUGCGAAUGGUGCUGCUGGUGCAUCAGGAACGGCACAUGUCGAGAUCAGAAUCGUCACGCCUGCGUUCUAUACCGAAAUGGUCCGUGAGCCGGAUCUCCUCACCACGUUCGACCGCUUCUGUUUCAGUCCGCAACAGGACCAGGCCAUGGUCCACGUCUCGGAUGUGAGUAGCGUUCGUGAAGCGCUUGUCGGGGCGAUGAAAGCGCCGCCUCCUCUCCCUGCGCUGUCUGUGCCAGUCCGAGAGAGUCGGCUCGCUCGCGUGAAUCACCGCCUUCGGUCCGGACGCAGCCUUUUUCUCGUCGCCAUGGAAGCGCUACAAAGUUUCGUCUUCCCUUCUCGUGGACGGGCUACUUCUGGGGGCGACGAACAAGGCAUUGGCCAUCUCGACUCAUUCGUCCAAGCCACCUGCUCUACUACCUCUGAGGUCCUGAUCUACGACCGCACGUGUCUCAAAGUCCUCCUUGCGGAUCGUCUGGCGCUGGGGUACGUCGGUCUCCUUGAAUGGUACACCACGGUUGCAUGGGUUGGCGCGGUUGCUACAUCGGCGUGGCACAUCAAUGGGUUAAUGCACUCUCCUACGCAGAGUUUGAGGAGCCUUUGGUUUUGGACGGCCAUGGGCGCGAAACUGGGCACGGUGUACGGUCUGAGCUUUUUGAGAGGAUGA